UCUGCAGCGUUUCUGACUCGGCUUGAAUGACCCGUGCGCCAUCAUGCUGUGGACGGCGAGUCGGGUCCUGAGGAACUUCUCCACCUCCGCCCGUUAUUACCAAAGUAAGCUGAAGCUCGCUCUGAUUGGCCAGAGCCUGUUCGGCCAGGAGGUUUACUCGAAUCUGAGGAAGCAGGGUCACAAAGUGGUCGGCGUGUUCACAGUCCCGGACAAGGAUGGCAAGGCGGAUCCCCUGGCUGUGGCGGCGGAGAAGGACGGUACGCCGGUGUUUAAGUUCCCCCGCUGGCGGGUGAAGGGGCAGCCCAUCCCGGAGGUGGUGGAGGCCUACAAGGCGGUGGGCGCCGAGCUGAACGUCAUGCCCUUCUGCUCCCAGUUCAUCCCCAUGAACGUCAUCGACCACCCCAAGCACGGCUCCAUCAUCUACCACCCCUCCAUCCUGCCCCUGCACAGAGGAGCCUCCGCCAUCAACUGGACCCUGAUCCACGGCGACAAGAAGGCCGGCUUCACCAUCUUCUGGGCGGACGACGGUCUGGACACGGGUCCCGUCCUGCUGCAGAGGGAGUGUAAGGUGGAACCCAACGACACUGUGGACACGCUUUACAACCGCUUCCUGUUCCCAGAGGGCAUCAAGGCCAUGGUGGAGUCGGUGCAGCUCAUAGCGGACGGCAAGGCCCGGCGAGUUCCCCAGUCUGAAGAAGGGGCCAGCUAUGAAGGCAUUCAGAAGAAAUCCAACUCGGUGGUCAACCUAGCCCAGCCAGCCGAGGCCAUCCACAACUGGAUCCGCGGGCAUGACAAAGUCCCCGGCGCCUGGACCACUAUUGGCAGUCAGACUGUGACCUUGUACGGUUCGUCCAUGCUGAGCGGGUCGGUACCAGCGGGUCAGCCCCUGGAGAUCGAGGGAGCGUCCCAGCCUGGCCUGGUCACCAAGAGCGGACUCGUCCUGUUCGGAGCUGAUGGGAAAGCGCUCCUGGUGAAGAACCUGCAGUUCGAAGACGGGAAAAUGAUUCCUGCCUCCAAGUAUUUCUCCUCGGGGGAGAGCUCGAGCGUGGAGCUGACCGACGAGGAGAGGGAGAUGGCGGAGGAGAUCAGGGCCAUCUGGAGAGGCAUCCUCAGCAACGUCCCCGUGAUCGAAGACGCCACAGACUUCUUCAAGUCGGGAGCCGCCUCCAUGGAUGUGGUCAGGCUGGUGGAGGAGAUGAAGCAGAAGUGUGCGGGGGUGCAGCUGCAGAACGAGGACGUGUACAUGGCCACCACCUUCCGGGACUUCGUCCAGAUGUUUGUCCGCAGGCUGAGAGGAGAAGACCAGGAGGAGGAGUUGGUCGUGGACUACGCUAUAAAAGAAGUGAACAACAUGACGGUGAAAAUGCCGUACCAGUGUUUUAUCGACGGCAAGUUCGAGGACGCGGAAAACGGGAAGGCCUACGACACCGUCAACCCCACGGACGGAUCGGUGAUCUGUAAGGUGGCCUUUGCCUCGGUGGGGGACGUGGACCGGGCGGUGGCAAGUGCCAAAGAAGCUUUCGACAACGGGCCCUGGGGCAAAAUGAAUCCCAGAGACCGAGGAACCCUGCUUUACAAGCUUGCAGACCUGAUGGAGGAGCACCAGGAGGAGUUGGCCACCAUCGAGUCCAUCGACUCGGGGGCCGUGUACACCCUGGCGCUCAAGACCCACGUCGGCAUGUCAAUUCAGACUUUCCGCUACUUCGCUGGCUGGUGCGACAAGAUCCAGGGCAAGACGAUACCCAUCAACCAGGCCAGGCCCAACCGCAAUCUGACCUUCACCAAGAAGGAACCGCUGGGUGUGUGUGCCAUAGUCAUCCCAUGGAACUACCCUCUCAUGAUGCUGGCGUGGAAAAGUGCUGCUUGCCUCGCAGCCGGUAACACACUCGUCCUGAAACCUGCACAGGUCACGCCGCUGACGGCGCUGAAGUUCGCUGAACUGUCGGUGAAGGCCGGCAUUCCAAAGGGAGUCAUCAACAUCGUGCCCGGCUCAGGUGGUAUGGUGGGACAGCGUCUGUCCGACCACCCAGACAUCCGCAAGCUGGGCUUCACCGGCUCCACGCCUAUCGGCAAACAGAUCAUGAAGAGCUGUGCGCUGAGUAACCUGAAAAAGGUCUCCCUGGAGCUCGGAGGGAAGUCUCCUCUCAUCAUCUUCAGCGACUGUGACAUGGACAAGGCUGUUCGCAUGGGCAUGAGUUCGGUCUACUUCAACAAAGGCGAGAACUGCAUCGCCGCCGGACGCCUGUUUGUAGAGGAGUCCAUUCACGACGAGUACAUCAGCCGCGUGGUGGAGGAGAUUAAGAAGAUGAAGAUCGGAGACCCGCUGGACCGCUCCACCGACCACGGCCCGCAGAAUCACAAGGCCCACCUGGACAAGCUGGUGGAGUACUGCGAGACUGGUGUGAAGGAAGGAGCCACGCUGGUGUGCGGAGGCAGACAGGUGGACAGACCAGGCUUCUUCAUGGAGCCCACCGUGUUCACCGACGUGGAGGACCACAUGUUCAUCGCUAAAGAGGAGUCCUUCGGCCCCGUCAUGGUGGUGUCCCAGUUCAAAGAAGGGGACGUAGACGGGGUGCUGCGGAGAGCCAACGACACGGAGUUCGGCUUGGCGUCCGGCGUGUUUACCCGCGACAUCAGCAAAGCCAUGUACGUGAGCGAGCGGCUGGAGGCCGGGACAGUGUUUGUCAACACGUACAACAAGACCGACGUGGCCUCGCCGUUCGGCGGCUUCAAGCAGUCUGGCUUUGGCAAAGAUCUCGGAGAGGAUGCUCUGCUGGAAUACCUGCGGACCAAAGCAGUGACUGUCGAGUACUGAGGCAGCCCCCCCCCGCCCCCACCCACUCACCCAUCCGCCUCCCUGACAAUGAACUUUGACCCCACCCCCCCAGCCAGCCCCGCUGUUUUCAAAAGGGACUCAUCCGCCUGGUUCAGGGAUUCAACUUCAGCUGGCGUGUCCGCGGAGGAGGAAGACGCCGUCGUCGUUUUCCUCUUGCCACGUUCUGGACAACGUGCCUACCGUUUCCCAGCAUGCUGCAGGAGCCUUGCAGGGUGGACGUGGGAAACACUUCGACAAGGCCGACAAGGGCUAAACAAGAGUUUUUAUUGUAUGUGCAAUUCUGAGGCCUCAAAAAAACAAAGAAGAAGAAAAUGGUGUCAAAAGAGAAAAAGGGAAGGAAGUGAAGUCUUUCUUGCAGUCUGUGAACACGAUCGGAGACGACUCCUCAAUAAACUGUCUUCAACCGAAAAGCUCCCGCAAUUUACAUAAAUAUGACUUA